AUGCAGAUGGACUUGCUAACCAAGAUCUUGCUAUCUGGCAAGGUUAAAAAGGUGAAAGCUGUGGGAUCUCGGGAAAGAGUUUAUGCUGAUGCAGAAGAAGAGGCGAACUAUGUUAAUAAUCAGGAAGAAAUAAGUGUGUUCUCAGUAGUUGAUGGGUAUUAUGAGGAUGAACCGGAGGUGUCAAGAGAAGAGCAACUUGUUGCCAAGUCUUUAGCCGCAGUUCUGAUGAACUUCGAUCGUGAAGGCAUUAAAGAGUAUGAAGAAACUGUUUGUGCCCUGUCAGGCUUGGAUGAGGAAGAGAAAAUGAGGCUUUGGGAGUGUUUGGAUGAGAUGGUGAGGGUCAUCUCCAACAAUGAGAAUAUUUUCAUUAGAGGGGAUUUCAAUGGGCACAUAGGGUCUUUUUUGAGGGGUUAUAAUAAUGUGCAUGGUGGCUAUGGGUCCGGUAGAAGAAAUGAUGAUGGAGUGGAACUUUUGGAUUUUGCUCAGGCAUUUUGA